UCUGAUUGCAUUGAAACUUUUGAGUGCAGUAAAGUGACAAUCAAUACGAAAAAAAUAUUGAAGAAAUGCUUCCGAAAAUAUACAGAAGUGACCCCGACAUUAGAAAACAUCAAAUAAAUACUUUAAAAAUCUUUAACGAUAACGUUGUCGAAAUUUGCGAGGGUCACGAAUACCAAAUUUCCUUCAAGUCGGACAGACACGAGCUUUGCUUACACAUUUCACUCAGUAACGAAUUUCCCAAUGAAAAACCUUUGUUAACUAUCUCUCCACCCAUAGUCCACCCUUGGGUGAACGCCGACAGUGAAGUUACUUCAGCCCCUGGGCUUUUAAAUUUUUCUAUUCAUUCCGACCUGGGACGUGUCGUUCAGGCAAUAAUUCGGGAAUUUGAGCGCAAUCCUCCCCCUUUAAAAAAUGACUCAAAUAAUAUUACACCUGGACCUGGGAGUACCAUUACGUCGCCAACUGUACCAAUCAGAGAAUGUGAAAGGUCGAGUCCCAGUUAUUGUGCAGUGAACAAUUUUUCCUCGCCAACUCACCAGAAGAGAUUGGUUUUUCCAGAACUCAAAAAACUAUCAAUGGAUGAAUUAGAAUUUUUAAAUAAUAAUUCAGACAGGCAGCUAGAAUUUUUAAAUGAUUUACCGCCGAUUAAAGAACAAAACAAGUUGCUUGAUGAUUUGAUUGUGCAAGUGGAGGAGUUGGCUGAAUCAAAUUUAUCAAAACAGGAACAGUUAAGUGAAUUGAGGUCGGAAAUUGAGCAGAAAAUAGGCGAAGUCACGAAAUUGGCCUUUGAGAACGAGAGGCUUCACAUGAAAUAUCAGGACAUGUCUGAUAAAUAUUCCCCAUUCAAUAUAAAAGAACAGUUGAGGCUAGCGGCUGAAAAAGCCGAGUCAGAGUGUGAAAGUAUUGCUGAUGGUUUCCUGAAAGGUGAAGUAGAUGUUGAUAAGUUCGUAAAUCUGUACACCAAAGCCAGAAGCUUAUGCCAGGCCAGGAAAACUAAAGAAGAGAAGCUCUCCCACCAACUUGAGAGUUUAUCAAAAGCGGGUUUUUAGUUGUGAUAAUUUAUUUAUAAUUUUAACUCUGAAUACAUAUAUUUGUACUAAACUACUACAAUAAAAAUAAUUUAAAAUAAA